ACAAGGGGUGUGGAUGCAAGUCAGUGGCGGCAACACUGGCAACACUCAUCUAGCACAGGACGCUGUCGUGAUAAUAAAAUCUUCGUGCAUGGGAUUCUGAGGCGCUUGCCGACCAUUAUUCCCAAUGACGGAGUUUACUGAGGACUUCACCCAUCCACACAAGGCGUGUUUCCAGUGCAAUGGUUACUACGGUCCAAACUUCUGCCAGCCGCUGUGUGCCACGUGCCACGUCUUCCUGUACCCUGAUGACCCCUCCAAGCAGGCCAGUGUGCGUCCCUACCAUGAGAAAACAGAUGAUGGGGACUCAGGCAAUGAAGAACCAAGAGAACCAAGUGACUAUUACCAGACACAGGAGCAGCUUCCCCCUGAGACUGCCCCUCAGGCCUUCCCCCAGCAUGGCAUGGACCCCAAGGCCUUCCAGGAGGUGGCAUCAGCAAUGGAUCAUGUUGAUUUUGAUUACAUGGAGGUUGGGGUGGAGGCGGGGGUGGAUGGAGGCCUUGGCGGUGGAGGCAAUGGAGAAGGAGUGUCUGGGGUAGCAAUAGACAUCUCUGGGGGUGCUGGUGGAGGUCUGAAUCUCCCUGGGGUAAGUGGGGUGUGUGGUGGUGUGUCUGGUGGUGCAGGGUCACCUGUGAGUGGGAUGUUGAUGGGGGGACGAGAUGGCUGCAGGAGAGGGGGUGCAGGAAGGGAAGGGGCGGCAGGGGGUGGGGUGAGGGUGGCAAAGGCUAGGGUGGCGACAGUGAGGAGUGCUGAGGGCCGAGCGUUGGUACAGCCGGCACUCCAGGAGCAAAUCACCCGCCUCACGUGUCCCCGGCCCAGUGAGAACCUUGACCCCACGCUGAUCCAUCGCAUGCCUCCUGAAGUGUGGAUGCUAGUGUUUGAUUUCCUGGAUGACAUGACGCUGUGGGCGGUGGGUCAGGUGUGCCAGCGGUGGAGUCAGCUGGUGCGCCGUCAUGUCCCUGAGGAGCAGUGGCAGCGCUACACCCGCCGCCGCUGGCCACUUUUCUCUAGCCUUUACUUGGAGGUGCCCUGGCAGAGGAUCUAUACCAAGCUGACUGAGAGUGCCCCGUGUUUCAUGUGCCUCCACAAGAUGUCUCUGCUCACUCAGCCGCUCAACAAUGAAAAUUCAUGGAGGAAGAACCGCCUGCGCAACGAACUAAGAUCGUUGAGAUCAGACCCACCGGAGGGCAUCCAGGCGUGUCCUCUGGAUGAGCUAUCGGUGCACUGGCAGGCAUCCAUCAGGGGUCCAGCUGGCUCUCCCUAUGAGGGGGGCACCUUCUUCCUAUACAUUCAAAUCCCACACAGCUACCCUCUGUGCCCUCCCAUUGUGUGCUUCAUCACUAAGAUCUUCCACCCCAAUGUAUCGCGUCAUGGGGACAUUGGCAUUGACUCCAUCCAGCACAAUUGGUCGCUGGCUCUCACCAUCUCCAAGGUCCUCAUCUCCAUCCAGUCCCUCCUCACCGACCCCUACACUAAGGUGUGUAUGGAGCCUGAGAUAGGACAGCUGUACGAGUCCAACAAGAAGCAGUUUGAGCAAGUAGCAAAGAAGUGGACCUGGAGAUACGCCAUGCACGACGCUCUCAUCCCGGAGCCAACGCCACUUAUGCCCCGGCCGCUGCCCAGCUGUGGCCCCUCCUCACAGGUGUGUUUCAGCUGGCAGCUGGAUGAAGUGCAAGUGGAUUUUUUUCAUUGUCAGGAGUAUGAUGGCUAAGGAAAAAAAAUUGACAAUGAGGAAGGCAAUGGAAUAUCAGUCAAUGGGACAGUGGGAGAAGCGGAGUCCAAGGUUCCAGUGUUCCUCAGCUAACCCUCAAAGGACAAAUGGUACAUAUAAGGUGCCUCUGCAAGCUGUCUGGAGGGAAGACUGAGUGAAUGGUGGUCUUCAGUUCUGCUUGUUUUCCUCUGUAUACAAGUAUUUGUUGUUGAAAUGUUUAUGGUGAUACUGUUUUGUGUGUGUUUGUGUGUGUGUAUUACUUUUAUUUGCUGGGAGAUGGUUAAUGCUCAUGUUGUGUGUGUGUGUGUGUGUGUGUGUGUGUGUGUGUGUGUGUGUGUGUGUGUGUGUGUGUGUGUGUGUACAAAAGUUAUUAUUUCUAUACCUGUUUUUGUGUGUGCGCAUGUUAAUUUAUGUGUGUGUGUGUGUGUGUUCAUGUAUGCACUGUUAUUACUAUUAAUUAGUAUAUGUUUGAUGGUUCCAGGUGUCUUCGGUGUUCAUGGAUAUUGUUUCAUUAUUUUCUGGCACUGACUGACUUGCCUUAUUGCUCCACUGGGAUGGAUUAUUGAUCCAGUGCUCAUGGAUUUGCUGGCCAGUCUCUAUGAAGGAGCCUGAAGGAGUGCCAAGACCAGGGAGGUGGUGCCUGGGCCUCACUGUGAUACCUGUGGCUGUAUGAGGGGACUGAGGGAGGCAGGGGAGAUGUCAGGGCAGGAGAGGAGACAGUGUAUGCUAAGGAAGAGGUUGAGAGAAGUAGAGGAGAAGAGAAGGCAGUAUAUAAAUGAAGAGGUGGAGAAAAAGGAGAGAUUAAGAGGUUAUUAAAUGAGAUAGAAUAAGUCUUUGCUCAUGUUUUUUGCUCCUAGUACAUCCAUAUGUCUUGAAUUUUUACGAAGACUUAGAUUUUUAGCAGCAGUACAUGAAAUGUUAAACUUUAAAGCCAUGGCCAUGAUAUUGAUGAAUGGACACACUAUUCUCAAGUUUUUACCAGGGAAAGUAUCUUGAAAACUAUUCUUAAAUGUGCAGCAAUUUCAAAACUGGUUGUGGUAUUGAGAAAUUGGCACUCAGAUUAUUUUCAGACUUAUACUUAGUUAUCUCAAAAUAAGCUUCCUGUGUAUUUAUUUAGAAUCUGAUAUUUGGAUGAACUUAUAAGUGCAAGCAUUUGAAGUGAGGUUCUGAUAUGCAGGUUGACUGAUUUAUGAAGCCACAGCAAUGGGGUUAUUUGGUAAGGGGACUGGAAUGCUUGGAGUUUGCUUGGUGUGUGAGGUAGUGUGUGCUGAAUGCAAGACAGUGUUGGGUCAGGUUCUGCUCUGCCUCACUUUAAUGCUUGGAGCAGAGACAAACUGGUGCUAAAAUGAGAAAGUGAGAAUGUCGGUUUAAGGUUCUUUUGAUAUCGCAGAAAUAUUAGUGUAGCAAAGAUUGGAUAGUAGUAGUGAUAGUGUUAUUAGUAAUGGUAGAUGUACAGUAUUUGUAUGACAUUGGUAGCAGAAUGGAUAUUGAUGACAGCAGUGAUAUGACAGGAAACACCAGCAUCCUUGUAGAAGUGACAGGACUGAUGUGAUGUGGAAAGCUGUACACAUUGUUCACAUUUCUGUUUCAUAUUUGCUGUUUUGUCAUCUAAUGAGUGUAUUGUUUAACCAAGCCUUUCUUGACCACUUCACUCAUUUUCAGUCACAAGGGCCCAUGUCCUUUAAUACUUUAGGCUGUCAUUGAGGUGAUUUUGAAAGGCCACACAUCUGAUUAAUUAGUUCUCAUGAGUGCUUUUUCCAUUAUUGAACUAAAAAAACUAUUGUUAGAAUCAUGAAAACACUUUUGAUAACCAUUAUUUAACUUUUUCCAGUUGUUUGUCUCAUAUAAAAACAUAACUGAAGGGAAGCUGCAUGAAGUUGGUAGGUCUAUAAUAAAAGCAUACAUAUCUGCCUUUAUCUACUCGUCAUCUGUGUCCAUAAAUACAUCUAAUCUUUUGAAGCUCCCCUAUUGACUCAGCAUCAAUUACAGUUAUAUCCAUUUAUUUCAGUAAUUACACUCACUUGAUGAACACUUGCCUUUCCCAUUUAUAGCAAGAAGAAAUAUCAUGACCCACUUUCCAGAUCUGUGUAUGUUUCAUUUAUUUGUGUCAUUCGUGUUAGGGUGUCAGUAUCAGUAAGACACCCACCAUGGCCCAGGUGUUCCCAGGUGUGCUGAAUGCUGCAUGAGGCUGUGCAGCACCCCAUGGCAGGUAAUCGGUGCACAGCGUCAUUCAGAAUCUUUGUUAUUAAUCUUUCUUUUCUCAGUUCAUCUGGUGUACCUUUUUUGUAUGUCUCUGUGCAAUGUACAUAAAAUACUGUUGAUAAAUAAGUAUUAUCUUGCCAGGCUCAGGGUAGUCAGUGAAGGAGGGUCUUUAAGGCAAAGGUUUUUGUUUUGCAAGUCUCAAAAGAAGAGAAGAUUUAUUACUGUAAUUAUUGUGUGGCAGUGAGUGGCAAUUGUGGACCAAAAGCCAAAGGUGUUGAUGAGGAGUGAAAGGAAAGAGAUGUUCCGUGAAAUGUGAUCUUAGGACAAAUAACAAUAUGCUAAUUCAA